GGAGCUAGAAAAAAAGUUUCAUUCACAAAGUGAGAGGUUAAGUAGGAGGGAUUGUAAUGUUGCAUUUGCUUGAUCCGUACUAAGGACUGAACAAACGAAGCUCGUUCACUUCUUGUUGUCAAAGGCAGGAAUGCAAAAAUAAGGAAUACUUCUAACCUAUUGAAGGGCUGUCCAUGUGUGAAAAGGAAUGCCAGCUUUCAUUUUACUGAGAAUUGUGGGAUUUUAGACUUUGGACAGAAAACAGCAUCAUGUCAACAGCUGGACUUGCUGCGCAGGAAAUUGCUGUCCCUCUUAAGAACGGAUUUGUGCACACCAGCCCAAGCAUGAUGACCGCCAGGAACUGUUGGAAUCAUGCCACAGAGCUUGAUAAAACCUACCUUUCCAUUGAUCCUCUGUCAUUGAUGUACAAUCUCAAGUCAGCAGCUAAUCACCAGGCUCACGCUCAUGCGUCAUUUGAGUCUACAACAGCAAAUCGGAACUGCUGUACAGGACACAGUGCCAAGACAACUCAUAAAAUGAGUCGACCAUCUCCAUUAGUUAUGCCAGUUACUGAUCAUCAUCAUCAUGUUCGUAAUCAUGAAGGGGACCAAGUGGUUCCAUCUUUUCGAAGGCUGUCUGUAAAUGGAGGAUCACUGUAUGAAAAGACUCCUCCCCAUACCCCAGCAAAAUGUGGACUUCCUCAUUUUCAAUCUGUGCCAUCUGGUGAUAGAGGCUCAAAGCCCCUUCCACCCCUUCCUGUUUGUGAAGACCAGUUAACGGAAGAUGUUGACAGUGAGGUGGAAUUUUUCACAAGUUCAGAGACUGAUGGUUUGCUGCAAGACAGUAGGCCUCUGGCUUUUAAGUAUGGAUUGCCUGGAAGGAGAAGUUUCAGGGGCUGUGGCCAGACCAAUUAUGCUUACUUUGAAGGUGCUUCUGAAUGUAAAACAGAAGAGGACUGCACACCAGUACAGCAUAGCGAGCCUGUACAAAUCCCAGUUCCUCCACACAAGGAAAGAUCUCACUGUCGGCUAAGAAGAUCACAUUCAGGGCCAGCAGGAUCUUACCACAAAGCUGCAUUCAGGUUGUCUUGCCAUUUGAACAGAGCACCUGUGGACUGUAAUAGUGAGAAGCCAGAGGUGCCCCCUCGAAUACCUAUACCUCCAAAGCCUGCCAAGAUUGAUUGCAGAAGGUGGUCAGCAGAAGUUGCUGCUACCUCAUACAGCGAUGAAGACAAACCUCCUAAGGUGCCUCCAAGAGAGCCAGUGUCUCGAAGUAAUUCACGCACACCAAGCCCCAAAAGUCUCCCAACAUACCUCAAUGGAAUCAUGCCCCCUACCCAGAGUUUUGCCCCAGAUCCUAAAUAUGUUAGCAGCAAAAUAUUCCAAAGACAGAACAGUGAAGGUUCCACUACCAGAACUCCUUGCAUCUUGCCCAUAAUUGAAAAUGGGAAAAAGGCCAGUUCUACACACUACUACCUUCUACCAGAGAGGCCUGCUUACUUGGACAGAUAUGAGAAGCUCUUCCGUGAACUGGAUGAGUCAGGAGAAGGAACUGAGUCAUCCACAGAUGGAAAAGAUCAGUCAUGGUGUAAUGAUAGCAGUACAACCUCAGCAGUAACCCGGACGGACUCCAAGACAAAGGCAGAUGGACUCAACCACAUAAAACGCAAGCAUCAGCCAUAUGUUGUAUCACCAUAGAUGAGCAGUAAUAAGUUUUCUACUAAAAAUACAGGUCAUCUGCUUAGCUAUAUUUAUGAUAUUAAGGACCCUGAAUCCAGGCAUGGGGUUCCAAAUUGGAAUGAGGGCUAAAGUUUGCCAGCUGGUACUAGAGGGGAAGCUACGCCUAUAGCAUAUGCAAAAACUGAGCCUCCUCAUUGACUGACAUGGUUGGAGCCAUUAAAGUGUAAUGACUUAGUAUGAUGGAGUGUGAUGUCUGUCAUUGUUUUGUAUUGCUUUGCUUUAGAAAAAUCCUCUCUUUGAGUGAGCUACUCAGCUAAACAUCACACCAAAUUUGUAGUGUUGCCUAAGAAGAGACUUUUACAGAGAGGUUUGCACUGCAGGUUCAGUGCAGGGCAUUUUUUUAUGGAAUGUAAAGAAGCAAAUAGCCAUCUUACCAUAAUAUUAAAACUAUGGUAACGCUGUCUAUUAACUGGUCCUAUGGGGCAGUGGCUUUGAGUCUCUGUGUAGUAGACAAUGCAAAAGUGGUUGUGGGACAGGUUGUUCUACAUGCUAAGAUAAAACUGCUAAGACGGUUUAAAGAAUAAGGCUGCUCGUGUGCACAAGGGUAUUGGGAAGCUUGGCUUUCCCCAUGCCCUUGUUUAUUUCUGUAGGGAUUACCCUACCUUCAAGUUGAAGGGCAAUGUCUGCCGCUGAAGGACAGGAGGGAAUCCUGUUUCUCCUGUUUUGUGGCUUUCUGGGUACGAAGGAAGUUAUCAACACAAGCUGGUCUUGUGUUGUUUUGUUUUUAUGUUCAGUAUUUUUUGGGGUUUAUGCGUUUGCUGUAAAGAAAGUGUAAUAUUACAAACCAGAAAAAAAUAACAAUGAUAAAUGCUAACCUAAUGCAGUGUUCCUAGCAGGUUUGUGUAAAGGUGUUCCAGAGAGUCCUAACCUUGUAGACUGUAAAUGUAUUAAAAUCCUAUCCAAACAUCCAUCAUUGUGACUGCCCUCAAGUGUAGCACAAGUGUUUAAGUCUAUGUAUGUAUUUAACAUUGUUUGCAGUAGUUUCAAGUUGUAAUUAAUCACAAAUGCUACCUCUUACAUUAGUUAUGGGUACUGCUGUUCAUGAGAAAACAACAAAAAGUAAAAUUGUAUUAGAAAAUGACUAGACACAUUACUGACAUUUUCAGAACCACUUGCAUAAAUUUGGGAGCACUUUACUUUUUCACAGAAAAUGAGAGUAAUGUAAAAUGCUCAGUAUUUAUUUAUGAGUUAUGAAUUCAGCAUUCAUUGUAAACAGAUUCAAAGGACAGAACAGAUGGUGUUUAAUUACCUUUUUAGGACUCUGUGAAUGUAGAACACUGCUUCUGCCUGCAUACAUUGGAUGUGAAGGUACAUAUCCUGUACCCCUCUGCAUGUGUAAUCCCUUUUCUGAUUAUCUGAUGAAGUCAUGAAGGAAAGCUGAUAUGAUGUGGGAAAACCUAUGAAUAGCAAUGUGAAAUAGGGGUGCAAUGAACAGAAUUUCAUAUGGAAAGCUGUUAUUUUACUAGUGCCCUGUGCUUUUUCAAAAGUAAAGCAUACGUGAAACACACAAUAGCAGACUUGUAGUCCUGGAUGAAUUGCAUCUGCUUCCCACUUUGCAGAGAGGGCAACUUUUCCAAACCAGAAGAAAAUUACAAAUUCAGCUUGUGUGGCAAGAGUCCUAGAGAGGUGAAAGUAUGGGGAACAGCAAGUAGAAUAUUUGAUACUUAAAUCUCUGAACGUUGCUGACAGUUUUGUGUGAAAAUGGCAAUGGAGUUUUGGAAGUGUUGCCCUAUUUAGAUUUAUGAAGUACAGCUCUUGUAAUUUGUACUGGCUACUGUGAAGCCUUGCUGUCAUUUCUUGAACUGUUGUAGAGAAUAUCACAAGGAGCUGUUUCCCCAACACAACCAUACAGUGACACACACAUACACACCCAUACUUACAUCGUGAACUGCAAACUCUUAAUUUUUUUCUCUCUGCUGGUCUUAGCACAGUCUGAACUAAAUGAAGGUAAAUUGAAUUGUGAUGCUAUUUGGAGCAAUGCACUGAAAAGCACGGCAUUCUCAGAAUGUGUACAGUAUUUGUUAAAAGAAUCAAUGUUAUUCAUUUUGCUGCAACUUGUUUCAGAUAAUACCUUAUGUUUUAGGUUUCUCAUUUAUUUUUGUUCCUAAUAAAGAUAUACUUAUUUAUGAUACAGAUAAAUAUAA